GAUCCAACCAAUCAUUUAUCACAUUAAAUAGCGGUGUAUUGAAAACCAAAUCAACUAUGAAGACUGUUUUUCUCGUCUGUCUACUGGCCUGUGUUGUGCUUGCCGCGGAGAGGAGGCAACAUCAUCAUACUGACAACUCGAAUGACAAUAAUCAUCAUCAUCAUAAUCAAUGUGCCGACUGCGGAACCUGUCCUGACGGAACGCCGGAACAUUGUGAUGAACAUCAUGGAUGCAUAUGUCUCCGGAAAAGGGCAGAACACCAUCAUUCGUGUGUAACCGAAGGUUGUUCCACCACCCACUGUCCUCAUCAUGAAACACCUCGGUGCGAUGCUCAUCAUGGUUGCCAAUGUCAAGCCAUAAGAGCGGAACACCAUCAUGCCUGUGUCACCAACGGAUGCCAUGGUUCCUGUCCCCAUCACCAAACAAUGCAUUGUGAUUCGAGUCAUGGCUGUAUUUGCAUGUAGUUUAACCCGAAGCUGAAAAAUAAUUUCAAGUCUUGAUGGUGUAUGCUCUUAAAUAAAUUAUUUCCACAAAG